UUCCAGGUGAGCCUGCAGCCCCCACUGACCUCCUUUGGCCACCCCACCUGACCAAAUUCUCCAUACUGCCUCUGCUCAAACCUCCGCAGCCUUUCUACCUCCUCUCUGUCAUGCUCCCCACAACCCUAAACCAGGCCUCCCUGCUGCCUUGGUACCCAACGGCAUUGCUUCCCUCCCCCCUCAACACCCUCUCUUUACUCAACAUUCCCUCUUCCAGGGACCCCCCACCCCACAGCCAUGUCCUGCUACGACCUCUGCCGCCCCUGCAGUGGGGGACCCACCCCGCUGGCUAACAGCUGCAACGAGCCCUGUGUCAGGCAGUGCCAGGACUCCCAGGUCGUCAUCCAGCCCUCCACCGUGGUGGUCACCCUGCCGGGACCCAUCCUCAGCUCCUUCCCCCAGAACACCGCCGUCGGAUCCUCCUCAUCAGCUGCCGUGGGCAGCGCCCUCAGCGCCCAGGGAGUGGCCAUCUCCUCCGGCGGCUUCGGCUUCGGAGGCCUGGGCUGCUUCAACGGCGGCAGAGCCCGCUACCCCUGCUAAGGGCCUGCGCCCACACCCUCACACCAACCACCUGCACCCUGCAAG